AUGUCUCCCGGACACCUCAUCUGCGCGGCGGCACACCGCGUGGACCACCUACCGCCGCUUCUCCUUCUCCGCAGCGUCGAGCAAGCCCUUUGCCCCCACCGUCCCGCUCUGCACUCAAGCAAGCGACACCUAGGCCGCCGAGCUCCGCAGGGACGACUAUUACACCCGGCAUGUCUGCCUCAGGUUCAACUGCGGACACGAGCACGCUGGAGACACCGACAAGCGUGGCGCAGCCGGCCGCAAAACCGGGGAAGGCUCGGGGGGCGGGCGGUCUCCCCUUCCGACGCAUGUCCGCCUUCCUUACGCACUCUCGCGUGCCGCCUGCGUCCCCGCCCGCGCACAAAACCUCGCCGAGGGCCAGCAUCGACAGCCCACGGCGUCGGGUCGUGCGCUUCGAGGGGGCUGAUGACCCCGACGCAUGAACUCGUCAUGUUCAUAUCGAAUCUAUCUAUAGAGGGUUUGUGUCUUUCAGCAGUUUCGUCGGGAUAG